AUGUGCGCCCGCUUCGCUCGUCGUCUGCGUCAGUAUUUCAUUUCUCGCGAAGUUUUCGCCACACUUCAGCCGCUCUUCCUGCUCACCUACAUCUAUGGCUUGACACCGUUUCGCAUUGUGAAGCGCAGCAAUGGCACCAGUGAGAUACGUGCCUCCUGUUUUGGUUAUUGCAACACAGCCGCCUAUGUCAUACUCUAUGGUGUCUGCUUCUUUAACGCGCUGCUGAAUGCCGAAUCCGUGGUUGGUUACUUCUUUCGCACGAAUAUCUCCAUUGUGGGUGAUACGUUACAAAUUUGUAAUGGCAUUAUUACCGGCAUUGUUAUCUAUACGACAGCGUUAACUCAACGCUCCAAGAUGCGACGCAUAAUUCAUGUUUUUAAUGAGUUGGAUGAGAAUUAUGCAAAUAUUGGUGUGCGUGUAAAAUAUUCGCGUAUUUACCGUUACGCAUUGAUGUUGACAGUUACGAAAACACUGAUUAUUGUUAUCUAUUGUACGGGUGUUUAUUUGUUGUUGCGUUCAGUGCAUGUACAGCCAUCGUUUUGUGUAUUUGUAGCGUUCGUUUUACAGCGUUCGGUGUUGUUUUUGGCGAUUUGCCUCUUCAGCUUUAUAGCUGGCGGCUUUGAGCGAAGAAUGGUUAUGUUGAAUAAGGUAUGA